AUGUUACAGGUUGCUGCUCUGUCCUCCAUCGAACACUUCCGCUCGGUCCACUUUCAGCCAAUCAGCUCUCUCGGAGGCGGUCCGUUGCUAAGGAGGAGGUUUGGUUGCGGCUCCUCGCGCAGCAGCCAUUCAGCGGCGGCUGCUGAAGAGACCGGACUUCCAGUGGUGCGGAAGAACCCACUCCCCAUCAUUGAGUUUAUAGUGUUUGAGGACGGUGUCACCCCCAAUAAGCCGGAGAACUUCGACGUGUGGUACGAGAGUCGAUUCGAGGAAUGCGACCGCGAGGCCUGCCUGUCCUUCUCCAAAGACUCGCUCUGCACCCGGGUCACCGUGGACCACAACUACUACGCCGUGUGCCAGAACCUGCUGUCGCGCUAUGCUACGUGGCGGGGCACCACAGGGGGCCUCCUCCACGACCCCCCCGCCCACAUAGCCAAAGACGGCCAGCUGGAGAGCCUGUUGGACGAGUGCACACGACCCAAAAAGCGAUACGGACGCUUCCAGGCGGCCAAAGAGCUGCGGGAAUACCUCACCCAGCUGGCCGCCUCGUCCUCCUCCGUCACGGCCAGGUAAUGAACGUAGUCGGCGUUCGCCCCAGAGAGACUGUGCUCAUCAUCUCCGAACUCUCACGCUCCUGGUUCUCCUACACGAUGUCAUUCGCUCCCCUUUGUGCGGUCAGAGGGUCUUGCAUCAGGAAGUGUAAGAAUCCAAACAUGAAAAGCAGAUUAAGUUUAGCUUUCACCUGACUGUGGUGACGAGGAGUGUGGCCUCUUCAGAACCAGGGCAGAGAGGGGGUGAGGCGACCUCUCCUCUCCCAGGGUGGGCUGCCAUCCGUGGGUUGGGGGGAAAAAGGGCUCUGGUACUCACGCUACAUUGGACUCGAGCUACCGCAAACCAGAGUAUCCUAGCAACAAGGGCAUCGACGUCGCACAGACCACCCCCCCCCCCCCUGAACUGCUGUUUUAUAACAUUGAAUCUGUUUUAUUUCGCACCCAGGAUCUCUCUUUAUUUUAUUCAGGGCUGAGUUUAAGCAUACUGGUGCGUCAACAUUUCUGCUGUGCCAUGGCUUUUGCUUUCGCUGUAGCAUGGCUGCAGGGAAGGCGGAGCAGCAUGAAUCUCCUGCUGUCAGGCGGCAGGUCGAGAGGAGAGGCAGGGGGUCGGGAUGGGGGGGGGUUGGUUUUUUCAUGCAGGAGCAAAAGAAAACCCUUGACAGCUAUAUAAGUCUAAUUUCCUGCUUCUCCAAUCAAUCACUUGAUUUCCAGGUUCCAGUUGGCAAUCAUCCUUUUGAGUGUUUUUUUGUUCCUUUCCAAUAGGAAGAGUGAGACAGCUGCACAUAGGAAUAGGAAGGGAAAUAUUGGACAUUGGUCCCUUGAUGCAGAUGUGCCUAUACCAAAGAGGCUAUAUGUAAUAUUAAGAACCUGAGCAGUACAGAGUGACAGCACCUCUCCCUCCAGUUGUUCCCCUGUAGAGCUGUCCAAAGCAAUGUGUACACAAUCCUAUAAAAGAUGGCAGGCUGAUUUCAAAGACGUCGCAUUAUAAUAACCCCCCUCUGCUUUGUUGACCUCCCAUAUAAUAAACCAACGAUGGAUGCUUUUUCUUUCUGCUAAAAAACAUCUCGACUGAAUGAAAGAGGGAAAUGAAGUGAUUCUUAAGAGGUCUAGAAAACACAAUAAAAGCAAAGCAGCGGCCUCCAGUGUCGAGUUCUCCUUAAAAAUGUGUUUAAUUGAUAAAUGAAGUGUCAAACGCCUCCCGCUGGUGUUGAGCGCACUUACCUCCAUCAAGUCGAUGUUAAAAAAGGGAUCCCGAAUGAUUCCCUGCUCCAGAAGCAGCUUCUGACCUGCGCUUUUAAAAUGUUGCAGCCCAGAAAUCUCUGUUUUAAUAUUUAAACGCUCAGCACCACUUAGCGGUUUCGGUUGAUUUUACUCUCGGCGGACCGAACGAAUUAAAUCACAAAUACAGGCUUGUUUGGUAAUGGAGUACGAGAGGUCUUAAAGAAAACCCCUCUUCGGCUUGGUGUGUUUUGUAUUUCAUCUGUUUUAGAUGUUGUGAAUCAGGCCCAGUGGAGUUGUGUGUAGCUCGGUCAACAGAUAAUCAAGUAACUAUGAGCCACUCCAUGUUCGGGGGGAAACUGGAAAGCACAGCGGUUGCUUUUUUGCAAUUUGCGAGACCCUGGGAGCUGACGUUAAACUUGUCAACGAGGAAAAGCAAUAAAGAGACGUUUGGCUAAUGGAUUUCUGGUUUUGAACCCCCCCCCUCCUUUUGUUGUGU